AUGGCAGACGAUACUGCUCGGCAAGGUGUUGCCAAACUGCAACUUGACGAGGAGACAGGGGAAAUGGUCUCUAAAAAUGAGCUCAAGAAACGCACACAAAAGCGGGCUAAGAAGGCAGCUGCCGCCGACGCUCGCAAUGAUAAGUCAACCUCGACCACGACUUUGGCAGUGAAGGCACCGGUGCCCGAAGGCCAAGCGGUCAUGACUGACGAGCCCGUUGCUGAUCCGGAUGCCAUGUUCAAGCAAGGCUUUCUGGCCCAAGUAUAUGAGCAACGCCCGUCCAAAAACGUCGUAACGCGGUUUCCACCAGAGCCAAAUGGCUACCUACACCUCGGGCAUUCCAAGGCUAUUGCUAUAAACUUUGGGUUCGCAAGACAUCAUGGUGGAACAACAAUACUUAGAUUCGACGAUACGAACCCCGACAAAGAGAAGGAGGAAUAUUUCGUCGCAAUACAAGAGACAAUCCGGUGGCUGGGGUUCACCCCAUCGGAAAUCACAUAUGCGUCUGACAACUUCCAACGUUUAUACGAUCUCGCCGAGGAAUUGAUAAAACAGGGCAAUGCCUAUGUAUGCCACUGCGAUGAAGCGGAAACCAAGCGGCAGCGUGGUGGAGAGAAAGGCUCCAUCCCUAGAUAUCGUUGUGCGGAUGCGAGCCAAGAUGUCGAGGCUAAUUUGCAAAAAUUUCGCGACAUGCGAGACGGUAAGUAUGCGCCUACAACCGCUUGGCUACGCAUGAAGCAGGACAUCGAGAAUCCGAACCCCCAGAUGUGGGACAUUGCGGCCUACCGGAUUCCUCAAGAGGAACGUCCACACUUUCGGACGGGCACCAAGUGGCGUAUAUAUCCUACCUAUGACUUUGCGCACUGCCUGUGUGACAGUUUUGAAGGCAUUACGCACAGCUUGUGCACCACCGAAUUUCUCAUGUCACGGGAUAGCUACGAAUGGCUCAACCAACGUCUCGUUGAAUUCCAGCCAAUGCAGCGCGAGUAUGGCCGUUUGAAUCUUACUGGCACCAUUCUGAGCAAAAGAGAAAUAGAACCGCUGGUAGAAAAGAAGAUAGUCCGAGGCUGGGACGAUCCCCGCUUGUUCACUCUCAAGGCCAUCCAGCGACGAGGCGUCCCCCCUGGAGCGCUUCUUUCAUUUGUAUCCGAGCUUGGCGUAACCACAGCCAAGACCUUUGUUGAUAACAAGCGAUUUCAACAAACCGUCCGGCAAUACCUUGAGAGGACCGUUCCGCGCCUUAUGCUUGUUCUCGACCCAGUGUCCUUGAUAAUUGAAGAUGCUGAGGAAGAAGAGCUUGAUAUUCCAUUCUCGCCUAAAGAUUCGAAGAUGGGAAGCCACAAGGUCCGCCGUACGAAGAGAGUCUAUAUUGACCGAUCAGACUUCCGCGAGAUUGAUAGCAAGGACUAUUUCCGACUUGCGCCGGGCAAGACUGUCGGUCUUUUGCAUAUGCCAUACCCGGUCAAAGCUGUCUCGUUCGAAAAGGAUGAGGCCACUGGGGCGGUCGUGGAGAUCAAAUGCACUUUCGUCAAAGAAGGCAAGAAACCCAAGACCUACAUCCAGUGGGUACCCGAGGGAUCUCCAACUGCCGAGGUACGCAUUCACACGGCUUUGUUCAAAUCAGACCAACCCAAGUCUGCGCCUGGUGGUUUCAUGAACGACAUAAAUUUGAACAGUGAGACGAUUUGGCCAAACGCUAUGGUUGAAAGCGGCUUCUACGAGGUACGCCGGCGAGCGCCGUGGCCCAAAGCUGAGGGCGAGAAAACAGGUGAAGUUGGGCCUGAGAGCGUUCGGUUCCAGGCCAUGCGUGUUGCGUACUUUGCUUUGGAUUCAGAUUCCACAGAUGAUCACAUCGUACUUAAUCAGAUCGUACCUUUGAAAGAGGACCUUGGUAAGAGCAGUGAAGGGUUAUGA